AUGCCAAAUACAGAGAGUUCGAUAUAUGAUGAUUACGAUAUAACAGAUAUUAUAGGAGAAGGUACAUUUUCCUCUGUUACUUUAGCGACACAUAGAAAAUCAGGUAAAAGAUAUGCUGUUAAGAUUAUAGAUAAAGAAUGUAUAAAUAAUUCUCAGCGAAGAGAAAUGGUAGAUUGGGAAAUAGCGAUUCUCUCGAAAUGUAGACAUCCAAAUAUUGUUGAAUUUUACGAGCAUUUUGAAUCGGAUCAAGACAUUUGUUUAGUACUUGAGUGGAUUCCAAAUGGAGAUUUAUUUGAUAGAAUAGUAAAGAAAGGAGUUUUCACAGAGGAGGAAUCAAGGCUGACAAUGAAAUCAUUGUUUUCCGCUGUUGAUUAUCUCCAUGAAAGAUCUCUGGUGCACCGAGAUCUUAAACCUGAAAAUAUUUUAUUUAACUCGGAGGAGGGCGAUGUCAAGUUGGCGGAUUUUGGACUGUCGAAAUACUACGAAGAGUCGGUCGGUAUGGAGUCGGCCUGUGGCACACCGGCGUACAGCGCGCCAGAGAUCAACAACAACAAGGUCUAUCGAAAGGGCGUCGACAUGUGGAGUUGCGGAUGCAUUCUCUAUUUUAUUUUGUUUGGCAAGCCGCCAUUCUAUCACAACGAUGAAUCAGAGAUCUACAAGCUGGUGUCCACCGGCAAGUGGUCGUUCCCAUCGAACCAGCACGAAUACUCUGACGAUGUGAAGGAUAUGAUCAGAGGACUGCUGGAACACGACCCAGCCAAGCGUCUCACUGCCAAAAAGGCAUUGUCACAUCGUUGGAUCACACAGGUACAGCAAGAUCCAUCGCCUUUGCUCUCAUCAGUACCAUCGCCACUACUUGUGCAAUCGCGCGAAAUCAACAACACCUCAAGCUUGGCCACAACACCCGACUUGCAACGAUCACUUACACUCUCUGGUAGCGGCAGUAGUAGUGGCAUCGGCAACAGCAACUACCUCACCAGCAGCAAUAGCGGCAUCGAAAACGCUCCACCACCCUCACCCAACAAACUGAGAGGAUCAAACAGUUCGUCAACACCAAUACCCAUCAAGAAACAUGGACUACUCCGAUCUUCACUAAACUCCUCUAUAGAAGCACACCGAUUUAAUGCACUGACACCACCAAGAGGCACAACGAAAAACUGUUUAUUUGGUAUUUUUGAAGAAAGCCAGCACCAACAACAACAACAACAAUUUUCAUCAGAUGAUGAAGAAUAA